GUUUUUUUGUUUGUUGGGGGAACAGUGCAGUGGUUGGCAGUCCAUGUGAAGAAGAGGUAGCAAUCUGAUGCUCGGAGGGUAACGUUACAUUGUAUAACGACCCUCAGUACUCUGCUAAAAUGGCUACCUCUGGAGACAUCCUUGUCAAGGAGUUGGACAAGCGUGCUUCAGGUCAAGCAUUUGAGGUGAUCCUGGCCCCUGACACCAAGGGGGAAAUCCCUCUACCUCCACCAAAAGAGAAGAAGGAGAUGUCUCUUGAAGAGAUCCAGAAGAAACUGGAAGCCGCAGAGGAGAGACGCAAGAGUCAUGAGGCAGAGGUGCUGAAGCAUUUAGCUGAGAAGAGAGAGCACGAGAAAGAAGUUCAAAAGAAAGCUAUGGAGGAGAACAACAACUUCAGCAAGACAGCAGAAGAGAAGCUCAAUCAGAAGAUGGAAGCCAACAAAGAGAACCGCACGGCACGAAUGGCAGCGCUUAAUGAAAAAUUUAAGGAGAAGGAUAAGAAGCUCGAGGAAGUACGAAAGGCCAAGGAAACAAAACCUGAGGGGGAAAACUGAUUUUCUUUUGUAAUAUUUUUUUUUUUUACUUGUUCAAAGAUAGUGUAUAUCAUUUUCUGUUCAUUGUCAGUAAUAUGUUUUCGUUCUAGUUUGUUUACCGUUAGUAUUAUUUAGGCUAUCCAUUGUUGCAUUUGUCGUGGAUGUCUAAAGAGUUCUUCCCUCACCUCCAGUAGAUUUGUGUAUUGCAGCUUAUUACCUUUGAGAUAAGCAGUGUUUUUACCUGAACGGAAGCAUGCCAUAGUAGGUCCAUAACAUUGUGAAUUGCAUAAUACAAGUAAAUCCUUGUACCUCUGUGAGAUAAAACUGUUGUUAUCCAAACUUAAUAAAGUUGCAGUUCUUUAAUGGCCAGUACCUAU